UCACUUUUCUAUCCUUCUAUUGUUAUAAGUUGACGAACAAUAAAUGUAUAGUUGUUUACUUGUUCUAGUAAAUGUCUUAUUAACCGUUUGGAUUCUGCUGCAUUGAACCGAUGCAUAGAUCCUCUUUCCUGCUGUCCCCAGCCCCAAUGGGUGAUAGGAAUUAUCCGUAUGCGUCAAUUGGAUUACCAAAAUUAGUUGAUGCAUUGGGUGAUGGAUCAAAGACGAUUGAUUCUUUCAGAGAACCUGGUUUGGAAGGAGUUCCUAAAGCUAAGAAGAGAAAAAUGAGAACAGAAACCGACAGCACAUCAAAUCUUAUCCUAUACCUUCCAACAGAUAUCCUAGCAACUAUUCUCUCAAGAUUCCGCUCCUUCAAGGAUGCUUGUGUCCUCAGACCAGUGUGCAAGGACUUCUCCUCUGUGACCAACUCUACUGAUUUCAAUCUACAAUUAUGCAAAGCUGAUUCUCAAGUUUUCCUUCGAGCUUAUAUUAAGGGAUAUAGGCUUGCUUAUAUUAAUGAAAAUGAGCUCGUCCGUAAUAUCAAGUCAGUAUGCUAUAUGCAAUCCGGUUACUCGCGAGGUCAUAUUGAUUCCAAAACCAAAUCCUUUGGAGGAGGUGGCCUUGAGUCUAGGGAAUUAGAGAUUUGGGUGAUCCCUAAAUGGGGUGAGCACGGGUCGUGGAAACGACUAUUUUUUAUCAAGCUAUUUCGCGAUGCCCCUACCUGUUUCAAGCCCAUAUGUUUGAUGGAGAAUGGUGAGCUGGUGUUAAUUUGCCAUGACUCGAGUCUUCUUUUCUACAACGUGGCAGAAAGAAAGGUGAGACACUUGAGACAGUUCAGACCGUAUGGAGAUCUUCAAGCGAUCCUACAUGAGCCAAACUUCGGUUCUCUCAAGGAUAUUCUCGGCGUAAAAAAUCUGAGCAUCCGCAACUUCAAGUCGGAAGCUGUACAUGUUGAAGCCAUUUCACUACAAGAAGAUGGUGCACAUGAUUUGCACAUAAGAGAAUGGUCAUAUACUUUAUUAUCUAGUCGUUACUACGGUUGGGAUUAGAUAGAGAAAAGAUCUCAAGACCGUGUGAUCGGCAGCAUUGCUAAACACUUGUAACACUUAGUGCCCUGAAUCAGUUUUUUUGAUGUGUGAUUUCUGUGCUCGUUAAAUGUGUUGGAUUAACAGAGCCACCUUUAAAAAUAAGCUAAUAACUAUAGACUAUUAUA